ACUCCAUUUGGUAAGACCUAAUAUACUUGGGGGUUUGUGCUUUCUUUUCUUGUCUCGGAGAUUUGAGUGACAUGAAUAUAGAUCUGGAGAUGUCUUCCCCGACCAAGCCAGAGCCGACGUGUCUGAUCAUGUCACUCCCCGACGAAGUUGUAAUUGACAUCAUAGCGCGUGUCUCCACACGAUUUCAUCCGUCCAUCUCUGCCGUCUGCAGGCGUUUCAGAACACUUGUUGCGUCGCCCGAGCUUUACGAGGCGAGAAGAUCCUUGUUAGGCCGCAACGAACAUUGUCUAUAUGUUAUUCUCAAGAGCACGGGUGAGAAUUCCGAAAGCCGUGUAUACAAUCUCCGCCGCAGACCCGACGGGGGUCGCCGCUUGGUCCAUAUCUCGUCGCUUCCUGUUAUGCCUCGCGAAGCAAGCUUCGUAGCUGCGGCGGAUGGUUCAAGGAUACAUGUGUUUGGUGGGUUUAGCCUUUAUGACCGCAGAGAACCGAGUGCGUUAAGCAUAGACUGCAGAUAUCACACGGUGCAACCCUUACCAGCCAUGCCUAAACCCAUGACCGGCACUCCUCUCGCUCACAUGAUGGAUGAGAAGAUCUACGUAUUUGGAUGUACUGAUUAUCACAACAAGGUCACGGCUGUGUUCAAUACAAAAACACAAACGUGGGAGCCUGAGAUGACAGAGCCAUGCAUCGAACUACGCCAUAUGUUGCAUGGACCGAAUGGGUCUGUUAAUACAAUUAUUUACGAUGUUUCGGAGGAAACGAAAUGGAAGCAGAAGUUUGAUACCUGGAAGAACGUGUGUGUCAUUGAUGAUGCGUUCUACUCCUACGAUCGUCUUUACAACAAGUUAAUAGCCUAUGACACAAAACAUAGGGAUUGGAAAGAGGUGAAAGGUGUUGGAACAUUGUCUCCUGGUAAGAAAAGUGCAGUAGGGUGGCCACGCGCUGUCAAUUACGGUGGGAAACUGCUUUUCUUGUAUGAAAAAAUGAUUUGUAGAACAAGAGAGCUUUGGUGUGCAGAGAUUGCAGUGGAAAGACGUCAGGAAGGCCGUGAGAUUUGGGGUAAAGUUGAGUGGUCUGAUCUUGUAAGUGUUGGGGAUUUUGAUUUAAUUGAAUCUAUAGUUGCCAUGCCUUGAUGUAUGAACUUCUCUAUAACAUUCCAAUUUAUAAUAUACA